AUGAGCAACGGCAUUAGUGGGCUGGCUAGCUUUCAGAAUAGUCGCUCACUUCAUGCCCUGCCAUUAAAACCAGAGCAAUUUUACAGUUUAUAUAGCUCAUCUUCACACGUUCUUACUUUGGCUUCACAACAACCCAGAGAGGAGGACAACUACUACGGUACUCCGAAGCCUCCAGCAGAACCAGCUCCACUAUUAUUAAAUGUAACAGACCAGACACUUCCAGGAGCCACUCCAAGUGCAGAAGGAAAACGGAAGAGAAAUAAAUCAGUGAGCAACAUGGAGAAAGCAAGUAUAGAGCCUCCAGAGGAGGAAGAGGAAGAGAGGCCUGUGGUCAAUGGAAAUGGAAUAGCAGUAACGCCAGAAUCCAGUGAACAUGAAGACAAGAGUGCAGGUGCCUCAGGGGAGACACCUUCCCAGCCUUAUCCUGCACCAGUGUACAGUCAGCCCGAGGAGGUGAAGGACCAGAUGGAUGACACAAAGCCAACUAAACCUGAAGAGAAUGAGGACUCAGACCCAUUGCCUGAUAACUGGGAAAUGGCCUAUACAGAGAAGGGUGAAGUCUACUUCAUUGACCAUAACACAAAGACAACAUCAUGGCUGGAUCCCCGACUUGCGAAAAAGGCUAAACCUCCAGAAGAGUGCAAAGAAAAUGGUAGGUUAUUAAGUUUUUAUGGUGUUUCAGCAAUGCACUUUGAGAAUGUUUGUGUUUCUUAGAAGAGGGACUUACCUAAAGAAGCAGUAGUCUAAUUGAAACAGUUUUAAAGAUGUAAU